AUGGGUACACGCAAAGAGCGAGUCCAAUUCGACAAGAUCACCGCCCGUAUCAACAAACUCUGCUACGGCCUUGAUCCGGAUCAUGUAGACCCUAUCGAAAUCACUAAAAAGGUCAUCGCGGGCGUGUAUAACGGAGUCACCACUGUCGAACUCGACAAUCUUGCAUCCGAGACCGCGGCAUAUCUCACUACAAAGCACCCUGACUAUGCCAUCCUGGCCGCUCGUAUCGCCAUCUCGAAUCUGCACAAAGAAACCAAGAAGAACUUUAGCGCUGUCAUUGAGGACCUCUAUAAGCAUAAUGGCAAGCCUGCCGGGAUGAUCAGCAAAGAGGUCUACGAGAUAGUCAUGGCUAAUGCUGAAUUAUUCGACUCGACCAUCAUCUACGAUCGUGAUUUUCACUACAAUUACUUCGGCUUCAAGACGCUGGAGAGGUCCUACCUUCUCCGUAUCAAUGGUCGUGUUGCCGAGCGUCCUCAGCACAUGCUUAUGCGUGUCGCUGUCGGCAUUCAUGGACGAGAUGUGGACCGUGUCGUCGAAACCUAUAACCUCAUGUCCGAGCGUUACUUUACGCACGCGUCACCAACGCUCUUCAAUGCUGGUACUCCACACCCACAACUCUCGUCUUGUUUCCUCGUGACGAUGAAAGACGACUCCAUUGAAGGCAUUUACGACACCCUCAAGACGUGCGCAAUGAUCUCCAAGACGGCCGGUGGAAUCGGGCUGAACAUUCAUUGCAUUCGUGCAACGGGCUCUUACAUUGCUGGAACGAAUGGCUACUCCAAUGGCAUCGUUCCCAUGCUCCGUGCUUACGAUGCGACUGCCCGCUAUGUCGAUCAAGGUGGCAACAAGCGUCCUGGUGCCUUCGCCAUUUAUAUUGAGCCGUGGCACGCGGACAUCUUCGAGUUCCUUGACCUCCGCAAGAAUCACGGAAAGGAAGAGGUCCGUGCUAGAGACCUGUUCUACGCUUUAUGGAUUCCAGACCUCUUUAUGAAGCGAGCUGAAUCCGACGGGGAUUGGUCGCUCUUCUGCCCCAAUGAAGCACCCGGACUUCACGAGGUAUAUGGAGACGAGUUUGAGGAGUUGUACACUCGAUAUGAACGCGAAGGACGGGCAAGGAAGACAAUCAAGGCCCAGAAGCUCUUCUUUGCUGUCAUGGAGGCACAAAUCGAGACUGGCGGUCCAUUCAUGCUCUACAAGGACGCUGCAAACCGCAAGUCCAACCAGCAGAAUCUCGGCACCAUCAAGUCGUCCAAUCUCUGCACGGAGAUUAUCGAAUACUCUUCCCCAGACGAGGUUGCCGUCUGCAACCUUGCGUCUCUUGCAUUGCCCACCUUUGUCAAGGACGGCGCCUACGACUUCCAGAAGCUGCACGACGUUACAAAGGUCGUCGCAUUCAACCUUAACCGCAUCAUCGACGUCAAUUACUAUCCCGUUCCCGAGGCGAGGAAGAGUAAUAUGCGUCAUCGUCCCAUCGGAAUCGGUGUUCAAGGUCUUGCUGAUACAUUCAUGGCGCUUAGGAUGCCUUUCGACUCUGUCCAAGCCAAGGAACUCAACAUUCAAAUCUUCGAGACGAUCUACCAUGCAGCCUGCGAGGCGUCUGCCGAAAUGGCCGAGAUGAUGGGCCCCUACGAAACUUUUGAAGGUAGUCCCGCAAGCGAGGGCAAGCUUCAGUACGACCUUUGGGGUGUUCAGCCCACAGGUCUCUGGGACUGGGACUCCCUCAAGGAAAAGAUUGCAGCGCACGGUAUGAGGAACUCGCUCCUGCUUGCACCAAUGCCUACUGCAAGUACGUCCCAGAUCUUGGGAAAUAACGAGUGCUUCGAGCCAUACACGAGCAACAUCUACACUCGUCGAGUUCUCGCAGGGGAGUUCCAGAUUGUGUGCCCCUGGCUCCUUCGUGAACUUGUCGACCUCAAAUUGUGGAACGAUGAGAUGAAGAAUAUGAUCAUUGCUCACGGUGGAUCGAUUCAGAAGAUUCCAGGUAUCCCUGACGAUGUCAAAGCCAUCUACAAGACUGUCUGGGAGAUCAGCCAGAAGAAAGUUAUCGAUCUCGCCGCCGACCGUGGCGCAUUCAUCUGCCAGAGUCAAAGCUUGAACGUCCAUCUUCAGAAUCCUAGCGUUGGUCAACUGACGAGUAUGCACUUCUACGGAUGGAAGAAGGGUCUCAAGACUGGAAUGUACUACCUCCGCACGCGUCCGGCGGCUCAAGCCAUCCAGUUUACAGUGGAUCAAUCCAUCCUGAACAAGGCAAAGGAAGCCAAUGGCAUUACUCCUUCUACACCUACCAGAUCCAUCAAGUCUCCAGUUACUCCGAGCUCGCCAAUGACUCUACCUCUCAAUGCCCCCAGACGUUCGACCUCGAAUGGGCCUCCAGUAUCUUAUAUGGACAAGAAACGUGCCAGCGGCCUUAUGAGCCCGACAUCUUCGAGUGGCCAAACUCCAGAGCCGACACCCAUUGUUGAGGGACAAGAACCCGUUCUCCCACCCAGUGGAUCUACUGAUACCACGACGGCAGUUGGCACUGCUGCGGCUGUCGCUGCUCCUAGCGUGUCCUUCGAUGGCACCGACAAUGAGAGCAAGGCUGCAAAGGCCGCCAAGGAGGACCCAGAGUUUGCUGCUGCUCUCGCCAGACAGCGUGAGCGUGAGCUCGAAGAGGCCAAGCUCCUGUGCUCCAUUGAGAACAAGGAGGCUUGCCUGAUGUGCUCUGGCUAA